GACAGCUUUCCCCAGGCUUGAAACAAUCUUGCCAUUGAAUACCAUAUUUCAUUUCGAAAAGCCGAGAUACUGUUUUCUGAUUCCCGUCAAAAAAACUCAAGAUGGCGGACGACUCUGAGAACACUCCUUUCCUCUCCGACAACGAUCACGAUGAUGAGACCAACAAAUUUCAUGGAGAAGAAGAAGAUGUGCUAAUGACUAAAACUUCAGCAAAUUCGCGUUUCAAGCGUUCAAUCAAGGCACUAACGAUUGUUUUGGUCAUCUUCUCGUCCCUUGUUGUCAUGACGGCGAUUGCCACUUUCGCGGUUAUUCAAGUUGCAUCGUUCACCGGGUAUACUUAUAAUGCCAGAUAUGUAUUGAAGGAUUUAGGAAUAUGCACAUUUAUCUCUCUAAUCCUCUCCAUGGUGAUGAUCUUCAUCGAACUACCUGUGUUCUUCAGCCUCGUAAUCGACAUCGUCUUCCCCAUCCUAAUCCUCAUCUACUCUGGCAAUAUUUUCGGUUACGGAUGGCCGGACAGGAAUUGGUGCUAUGAAUACUACCGAGAGCCAAUGAAGACCGAUCCACAUUGCUUGCGUAUGCGUGGAACUGUGAGGAUUUUGAUGGGCGUUACAGGUGGAUUGAGUUUUGUUACUGGCAUCUUCUUACUCGUGAUUUUGCUCUUAAGAGUAAUCGCCGUUUCCCGAACGAAGUUUUGGAAGAAGAAUCCCGGUUUUACUUGUCCGACGGGGCAGUACACAUUCUCGGUCACACUUGGGGUGAUGAAGCAGCCAAAAUUUGAGGUCUCGGAAGCACCUGGAGCAUCACAGGGGAGCAAUAGUGCAGAAGGAAGGCUGAUUGAUACUCAAGACUAGAGCAUUCGAUCGGAUAGGGAGCCAGUGAACUAGUAAAAUAUCGAUCUGAAUUUUUGCUGAUAAAUUUUGCGGUUGUUCAUGGUUUGGAGAUAGUGGUUCAAGAGAGAGGAUCCGCAUGGCAGCAUUUACAUGAACACUGUUUAGAGUUGUCUUUAUU